AUGGGCGCGAGAAAGUACCUCAUCCACGCCGCCGCUGGAGCUGCCGCCACCAUCGGAGGGACGUCGUUGGUCUUCCUCACGAACAAGGGCAUGGAGGCGCUAUGGUCCUUCUCCCACCCAUUUGGAGGUCACCAUCUCUCCCUCAUCAAAAGCUUUAUCAUCAAUCAGAAUGCACUUCCGUGUCUUCUAAACCUUCUGACGCACAAUCAUAAGAAAAGCAUCAAGAAGGAAGCUUGCUGGACUAUUUCAAACAUCACAGCUGGAAAUAAGGAGCAAAUACAGGCUGUAAUUACUGCUGAUAUCAUUGGUCCAUUAGUACAUCUUCUCCAAACUGCUGAGUUUGACAUCAAGAAAGAGGCUGCCUGGGCCAUCUCAAAUGCUACUUCAGGUGGCACCCAUGAUCAAAUAAAGUUUUUAGUCAGUCAGGGUUGCAUCAAGCCCUUGUGUGAUCUCCUAGUGUGCCCAGACCCGAGAAUUGUCACAGUUUGCUUGGAAGGGCUGGAAAACAUCCUGAAGGUUGGUGAAGCUGAGAAGAAUGCAGGCACCACUGGAGGCGUGAAUCUCUAUGCUGCUUGA